AUGAGGAGCGCAGCCAAACCCUGGAAUCCGGCCAUCAAAGCGGGCAGCCAUGGGACAGACCGUGCACGGCCCCUCCCUGCGGCCCCUUCAGGCAUGAAGAGUUCGAAAUCUUCCACCUCGCUGGCUUUUGAGUCCCGGCUCAGCAAGCUCAAGAGGGCCAGUAGUGAGGACAUGCUCAACAAACCAGGAAGUACCGCCGCUUCCGGGGUGGUUCGACUGAAAAAGACUUCGACAGCUGGAGCCAUCUCUGAGCUUGCUGAGAGCCGCCUGAGGAGCAACCCAGGGGCUGUGACUACAACCAAACGGACGGGCAUUCCAGCUCCUCGAGAACUUUCAGUAACUGUCUCAAGAGAGAGAACUGUGCCACGCGGUCCCUCCAACCCCAGGAAGUCGGUGUCCAGUCCAACUUCUUCCAGCACACCCACCCCUACUAAACACCUGAGGACCACUUCCACGAGACCCAAGCAAGAGCAUGAAGGUGGGGAAAAGGCCGUGCUCGAGUCCCAGGUUCGGGAACUUCUGGCAGAAGCCAAAGCGAAAGAUAGUGAAAUUAACAGGCUUCGAAGUGAACUGAAGAAAUGCAAGGGGAAAAGGACUCCAAGCAUCGAAGGAGCUGAGGCUUCAGACUCCAAUCUAGACGGAACAUCCGCCUCGCCCAGUGACUCAGAACCUUUGAUAAAAGCUCUUGAGGAGAAGAACAGGAAUUUUCAGAAAGAGCUUGCAGAUCUCGAGGAGGAAAACCGGGCCUUGAGGGAGAAACUGACUUACCUGGAGCACUCCCCCAAUUCCGAGGGAGGCGUGAGUCACACCGGUGAGAGCAGCUGCCCAACAUCCAUAACUCAGGAGUCAAGCUUCGGCAGCCCGACUGGAAAUCAGUUGUCAGGUGAAAUCGAGGAAUACAGGAACAACAUACAUGAAAAUGCGUUACGGACGUCAGGCUCUUCAAGCAGCGACGUUACCAAAGCUUCUCUGUCCCCGGAUGCCUCUGAUUUCGAGCACAUCACCGCAGACACCCCCUCCCGGCCCCUGUCCUCUACCAGCAACCCCUUUAAGAGCUCCAAGUGUUCGGCCACCGGCAGUUCCCCGAACAACGUGAGCGAACUUUCCCUGGCUUCCCUCACGGAGAAGAUACAGAAGAUGGAGGAAAACCACCACAGCACCGCGGAGGAGCUGCAGGCCACUUUGCAAGAACUGUCAGACCAGCAGCAAAUGGUGCAGGAACUGACGGCCGAAAAUGAGAAACUCGUGGACGAGAAGACGAUUUUAGAAACGUCCUUCCAUCAGCAUCGGGAGAGGGCCGAGCAGCUCAGUCAGGAAAACGAGAAACUCCUAAAUCUCUUACAAGAGCGAGUGAAGAAUGAGGAGCCCAACACGCAAGAAGGAAAGAUCCUUGAGCUGGAGCAGAAGUGCGCAGAAAUUCUUGACCAGGGUCGCUUUGAAAGAGAGAAGUUGCUCAACAUUCAGCAGCAGCUGACCUGUAGCUUACGGAAGGUUGAGGAAGAAAACCAAGGCGCUUUAGAAAUGAUUAAACAGCUGAAGGAAGAAAACGAAAAACUGAAUGGGUUUCUGGACCUGGAACGGCGUAAUAACGGCGUAAUGGCCCAAAGUCUGGAAGAGUGUAAAGCCACGCUCGAAGGGCUGCAGAUGGAACAUGGUUCGAUGAAGGCUCAUUUGGAGAAUGAGAAGCAGAAAGCUACGGAGACCAGCCCCAUGGGGCACACGGCAGGGGGUCGUGAGGUUCAAGAAAUGUUGAGGGUCGCUCGAGCUGAGAAAGAUCAGCUGGAGCUGUCUUGCACCGAGCUCAAGCAAGAAUUAGUGAAGGCCCACGGUGAAAUUAAACAUGUUUCGAGCCUCCUGGCCAAGGUGGAAAAGGAUUAUUCUUACUUGAAGGAGAUAUGUGAUCAUCAAGCAGAACAACUGAGCCGAACCAGCCUGAAACUGCAAGAGAAAGCGUCAGAGAGUGACGCGGAGAUUAAAGACAUGAAGGAAACCAUAUUUGAAUUGGAAGAUCAGGUGGAACAGCAUCGGGCUGUCAAGUUACAUAACAACCAGCUCAUUAGUGAGCUAGAGAGCAACGUGAUGAAGCUGGAGGAACAGAAGUCAGACCUGGAAAGGCAGCUGAAGACUCUGACUAAGCAGAUCAAGGAGGAGACAGAGGAAUGGAGGCGGUUCCAGGCGGACCUGCAGACAGCGGUGGUGGUGGCCAACGACAUCAAGUGUGAGGCUCAGCAGGAGCUGCGUACCGUGAAGAGGAGGUUGCUGGAGGAGGAAGAGAAGAACGCCAGGCUGCAGAAGGAGCUGGGGGACAUGCAGAGCCACGGCAGGUCGGUCACAACAGAGCCCUGCCCACCACCUGUGAACGAAGAGUCAGAGCCGCCCGAGGUUGAGGCUCCCGGCCGGUGGCAUGGUGUCUACGUGAACAGAACGUCUCCCACACCUUCAGAAUCUGCGACCACCGUUAAGUCCCUCAUCAAGUCAUUCGACUUGGGACGGCCAGGUGGAGCCGGACAGAAUAUUUCUGUCCAUAAAGCCCCCAGAAGUCCCCUGAGUGGGAUUCCCGUGAGGACCGCUCCCGCUGCUGCUGUCUCCCCAAUGCAGAGACAUUCGACCUACAGCAGCGUUCGGCCGGCCAGCAAAGGUGUGACUCAGCGUUUGGAUCUUCCAGACCUUCCCCUCUCAGAUCUCCUAAAGGGAAGGGGUGAGGACCUGAAACCGGACCCUUAUCUCCGGAAGAGUCCCUCCCUGGAGUCUCUGAGCAGACCCCCUUCUCUGGGCUUCGGGAACACGAGGCUGCUGAGCGCUUCCACCGGGGGCUUGAAACCACAGAGCAAACUCAGCGUGGAAAGAAGAGACCCGCUGGCUGCCUUGGCCCGGGAAUAUGGCGGCUCCAAGCGCAAUGCUCUCCUGAAAUGGUGCCAGAAGAAAACAGAAGGCUACGCAAACAUUGAUAUCACCAAUUUCAGCAGCAGCUGGAGUGACGGCUUGGCCUUCUGUGCUCUCCUUCAUACCUACCUGCCUGCCCACAUCCCAUAUCAGGAGCUGAACAGUCAGGAGAAAAAAAGGAAUCUCUUGUUGGCAUUUGAAGCAGCCGAAAGUGUAGGCAUCAAACCCAGCCUGGAGCUCAGUGAGAUGCUGUACACAGACCGGCCCGACUGGCAGAGCGUGAUGCAGUACGUGGCCCAGAUCUACAAGUACUUUGAGACGUAA